GUUAACAGAAACUCAAACUCUAUUUUUUUUUCUUUUUAGUCUCCUCCUCCUUGCACUCUGUUGCCCUGUUAUAAAGCCCCUCACUCUCUGCUGCUCUUGUGUUUGUCCUAAACUCAUCAUGUUGGCGGCUCUCCUUAAGUUAGACUGUUCCUCUGUGGGCUUGACUUUGUUCCUGGGCUUUAUUUUUCUGGUUCUGUUUGAGAUCUUCAGGAUUAAUUCCUACAAAGGUCGAUUUCCACCUGGUCCAACACCUCUGCCUUUUGUGGGAAACUUACCACAAUUAUUGAAGAACCCGAUGGGCUUCAAAAGAUCUUUGUCUCAAUAUGGAGAAAUGGCCACUGUGUUUAUUGGGAGCAAGCCAGCAAUAAGCAUCAAUACAAUCCAGCUGGCUAAGGAAGCCUUAGUACAGGAUGUUUUUUCUGGAAGACCUCCUAUGCCUAUUUUUGACUGGAUAUCUUAUGGACUUGGUAUAGUAAUGGUCACAUUUAAUCACUCCUGGAGGCAGCAGAGACGGUUUGCUCUGCACACACUCAGAAACUUUGGUCUGGGGAAAAAAACAGUAGAAGAUCGUGUGUUAGAGGAAAGCCGAUAUCUGAUUGCUGAAAUACUCAAAGAUGAAGGCAAGUCAAUGAAUCCCCAGCACGCCUUACAGAACGCUGUUUCCAACAUUAUCUGCUCUAUCGUGUUUGGAGAUCGCUUUGAGUAUGAUAACAAACGCUUUGAAUACCUUCUGAAAAUCUUGAAUGAAAACAUCAUGCUUGCAGGAUCAGCUGCAGGACAGAUUUUCAACUUGGUCCCCUUCAUCAAGCAUUUCCCUGGUCCACACCAGAAGGUCAAGCAGAACGCCAAUGAUUUAUUUGGUUUCAUUCGGGAAGAAGCUAAAGAACACAGACAAACUCUGGAUCCAGACAGUCCACGAGACUUCAUUGAUGCCUAUCUGCUGGAGAUCGAGAAACAAAAGUCCAACAAAGACUCCACAUUUCAUGAAGAACACCUGGUUGUGUCAGCAGCUGACCUGUUUCUGGCUGGAACCGACACCACAGAAACCACCAUCAGAUGGGGACUCAUCUACUUGAUUCAAAACCCAGAUGUACAAGAGCGAUGUCAUGAGGAGAUUGUUCAGGUUCUGGGUUACGACCGCUUGCCCAGCAUGGAUGACCGUGACAGACUACCGUACACACUCGCCACUGUUCAUGAGAUUCAGCGAUGUGGAAACAUUGCGCCUAAAUUGUUGCAUGAAACAAUUCGGCGCACAAAACUACAUGGAUAUGACAUUCCUCAGGGAACUACAAUCAUAGCAAACUUUACUGCAAUUUUCAGCAAUAAGGAGCACUGGAAGCACCCCGAUGCAUUUAACCCAGAGAAUUUCUUGGAUGAGAACGGACACUUCAGCAAGCCGGAGUUUUUCUUUCCAUUUUCACUGGGACCGAGGGCCUGUCUGGGUGAAACGCUGGCGAGGACGGAACUCUUCUUGUUCAUCACGUCUCUCCUACAGAGGAUUCGUUUUUCCUGGCCGCCCAAUGCAAAACCCAUAGACAUGGAUGGCAUUGUGGGUAUAGUUCGCUCUCCUGAGACCUUUAACGUCAUAUGUCGUAGUAGAGACACCAAAGACUGAAACAUGUUGGACAUCAUAUAAUCACACACUGAAGAUCAACAAUAACAACAAAGCUGCAGAGAGACACAAGACAACGUUCUAAACCUCACGCUGCAGAUUUUUCUAUGCAAACACAGUAUAGUGUCACUAAAACUGAAUCUGAGAUUUUUGGUAACUACAACUUGUAUGAAGAUUUAUAGAAACUUUGGUUACAGUAGCUAUGUUUAGAGAUGCCAAGAUGUGAAUACAAUUUGAAAAUGUGCAUUACAAAAACUUAAAGUAUAAACUUUAUCCAAUAAGAAGUUUUGUGCAUAGGUUUAAUUUGGAUUGUUGGAUGUAAACAUAGCUACUGAUUUUAACUUGUCCUCCUCUUUGAUUGAUGUAAGAUUGUGUGCUAUCUAUUAUUUUUAUUCCCAGGAUGCAGUCUCAGCUUACGUAUCCAAGUCUGCAUCCAGAUACUAUUGGGAUUUUUGCAUUUUCAUGCGGAUGAAGAUUUGUUUUUUAACGGGGCACAAAUUGUGAAACAUAAAAAAACCAUUUACUUGUGGACAUGGCCUAAAUCUAUAAUUAUCUGUUCCCAUGUAAUUUUAACAAUAAAACAAUGUUCAACAUGUUUGAACAUUUAAUUAAGCCCAGCUAUGUUUAUCCAUUAAACCUACACUAAUUUGAAAGGGGGCAGGUUUAUUUUGUUUUCAUUCUAAUAAUUUUGUAAUUAAACAAUUUAGUUUGUAAUAAAAUGUAUCUUCAUGUA